UGGCUCAUAUUCAAAUACGUCACUUCCGACUUCCCCUCUACUUCCUGCAUGUGCCGACAAUAUGGCAGCGCCCAUAGCGAUUCACUUGGAAUUUGGUGGUGGAGCAGAGCUGCUUUUUAAUGGUGUGAAGGAACAUCAUGUGACUCUUCCAAGCCAAUCCGAACCUUGGGAUGUGAAACAGCUGCUGGUCUGGAUCCAACGGAACCUGCUGAAGGAACGGCCCGAGCUCUUUGUCCAGGGAGACUCUGUGUGAGCAUGUACUUGCACUUGACACACACUUGGAUCCUCUACAUCACACUUUCACUGAAACAAAAUUUUAACUGCCAAAUAUGACUGCGAUAUUUGAUCACAAUAGCUUGAUCAGAACGUUUUUUUAACAUAUUGCAAAUGUGAAAAUGAAACUGAUGUAGUCAAGGAGCUUUUCAGCAGUUUUGAAUUGCUGAAAUGCUGAGGAAAAACAGUCUUGCCAUCAGGUUAUGGGUUUCAGUAAGAUGAUUACCUGUGUGUGUGUGUGUGUGUGUGUGUGUGUGUGUGUGUGUGUGUGUGUGUGUGUGUGUGUGUGUGUGUGUGUGUGUGUGUGUGGGACUGGCUGACUUUUACAGCUGCCUUUGUGCAGGACUAUUUAUAGCACCAUCUAACCAAUGAGUGGAGAAAAGGCUGGCCUACCUAUAAACCUUAUAGAUUAGAUGUGUGUUUUUGUGUGUACUUUAUGUUGGCAGCACACGCUAUUUUUGAGCAAACCAUCAUCAAGGUGUUUCUUCGUUAUAUUUUAAAAAAGGAUCUACGGGUGCUGUGUUAGUUUCUUUAGUUCUUUCUCAAAGCAGCCCUGUUUUUGCGUGUGCAUGCUGCUCGUGUGGACGCAUGUUUGCACUCACAGGUUGCUCUCUCAUUGCCCUUUCUAAUUGACGUCAUAGAGCAUCUACAAGGUGGAGAGAAGCUUAUUUGAACUGCUUCAGGCAUUAUCGCCCCAUCCACAUUAAACUGUUUCCUCCAUGGCUUUCAGAAAAAAAAAUACACUAACAUACGUUAAGAAGACUGCAUCCAUAGGUGCCCGUUGUUACCCUCCCCCCAUUAUCCUCUUUUGAUUGGUGGUGAUUUUUUUAGGCUUCAUCUGAGUGUUAUUUUUGGGCCGCCAUUCAUUUACUGAUGACAGUUUGUCUUCCUCCACGAUCUCUCUACUCUUUUACCUCAGCCACUUAUGUCUCUUUUAUUUAAAAAAAACAAAAAAACAAUCAUCAUUAAUUUCAGUCCUUGUUAGCAAGAAAACAGUUUGGUUAUUUGUGAUUGGUAAUACAAGAGAGAGCAUUUUAAAUGUACAUACGGUAGCAUCAUCAGCAAUGAGAUUAAUCCCAAAAGGCUUGUUUAUGAUCAUAUAAGGGCUAUAACAUGGACAUAGCACACAUAUGCAGUCACUUAUUUAUUAUCAUAUCGCACAUAAUACUGGUUGCCUAUUAAUUUCAUACUGUGAAGUGUUGAAAAACACCAGACUUGAUUUCCUAUUUUCACUGGGCUCAUUUUGCUAUGAAUU